AAAAAAGAUUUCAGUAAAGAGGAAAUAAUUGAAGUUCGUGUAUGUUCCAUUAGACAGUUGAACGGGAUUCUCUAAAUUUAUUACUCUAUUUGUUCUUUCACGAUUUUUUUAGGCGUUGUGCAUCUAACGCGAUAAUCUCAAACGACUUUCGCAUAAGAAGAGAAGAUAAAAAAGAAAACUUGAGAAAAUGAGCAGGCGUGUAAGGGAACAGGCUAAAAGCUUCAAGGCACGCCCAUUACCUGUACCUGAUUUUCAAGUAACAGAUCAGAAUGAUGGUUAUUUUAAAAUUGAAGGGACAUUCAACACCACCGAGUAUGAAACGUCACGCCAAGAGGUGAAAUUUGAGCUCAACGACAUUUGUCCGGGGCUCUUUUCCUUGCAUCUGUCCUACGAACCUGUUGAUUACGAAACUUCCUCAUCCAGCUUUGAAUAUGGAGUCGAACUCUCCUUGGAGAACACGUCGUCGUGUUUUUCAAACAUCUCACCUCUCGUUUGCUGUGAGGAUAGUCACCGCAGGCCAACUGCUGUUUGUGCCAGCAUCAAUGCAUGUCCGACAUUCUUUUUGAAGCAGAUCUCUCCAGGUCAAUGGAAGUCCGCAGAAAUGUAUUAUGAAUCUAAACGUUUUGAGUUGCAGCAAAUGAAGAUCCCUUGCGUGCUGUGGAUCCACUUUUCAAGAACGACUGGCGAGAGGAACGCACAAAAGCAAUUCGUUAGUUUGUACGUCAAUCAGUUGAACUGCGAUGUUACAUUCCAUUUCGACGCAGCCGAAAAAAACGAGUCAAUCGGUGGUCAUGUCGCUAUUUUGUCGGUUAGGAGCUCCGUCUUCGCAGCCAUGUUCCAGAGCAGAAUGAAAGAAACAAACACGAGAAAAUUUAAAAAGUUUGAAAUUUGA